AUGAUUUUGGAGGAGCAGAGAUUCCUCCACGAGGAUCUCGAGAGGUUGGAGCAGGGUAUCAGUGAUCGAGUGGCGCAAGAACCCCGACAAAUUCGUGAAAGACUCAACCGCGACCACCAGAUCGCGGGCUUCCUUGAUCGAAUUCAAGAUCAAUCCAAACGAUUACUCGACAUCUACAAGGACGCAGAUGGCGCGCGCACCAAGGAAAUCCAGUCUAUCUCCACGGGUGAGCCGCUGGAAGAGUUCUACAAACAGCUGGCUGAAAUCAAGUCUUUUCAUCAGAGAUAUCCAAAUGAACCUGUCGAGAAUCUUGAGCGCGCGUAUAAGAUAAGGUCACCAGGAGAGGGGGAGACGAUCACAUCCGAGAUUGACAACAUGUUUACUGGCGAGGAGGAGUAUGGAAAAUACUUCGAUCUUACCAUCAUCCACGAGCUCUACCUCAACCUCCCUAGCAUCAAACGCCUGACCUAUCUCCAAUACCUCGACUCAUUCGAUGUUUUCACACCUCCACAGUGUAAUAUCAAACGGCCCGACAAGAUGACGGACCAGUAUUUCGCUUAUGUGACACAGUUGGCCGAGUAUCUCGAAAGCUUUAUGCGGCGGACAAGACCACUCGAAGAUCUAGACAAGGUCUUCAAAAGCUUUGAUGACGACUUUGAGAAAGCCUGGAACAAUAAUGAGGUGCCUGGAUGGAAGCUGGAAGCAGGACCAACGAAUGGGCCAGCUACCGAUGCAAUUUGGUGUCAGGAUUGUGAAAAGGAGUUCAAGAACGAAAAUGUUUACAAGAGCCACCUCAGCGGCAAGAAACACAUCAAGGCAGCAGAGCUGAGAGCAGCCCGGUUAGCAGAGUCGGGAGGCGAGACGAAUGGGUCGUCAAAUAGGAGUUCAAACGUAUUGCGCUUGAAAGAGCGUGCAAUAGCAGAGCGUGAGACUAGAGUGAAGCGUCUCGCAGCAGCAAUGUCACAGGAAAGGAGCGACACGAAAGUCAAUGUUGAGCGAAAGCAGGGUAUGACGGACCGGGAGCGACAGUUGGAGUUGGAAGCAAGGUUCGCGGAAGCUUCAACUGCGACACCCCAGGGUGGCGACUCAGAUAGCGAGUCUGAUAAUGACGAGAAAAUAUACAACCCUCUGAAGUUGCCGCUAGCCUGGGAUGGCAAGCCGAUUCCUUUCUGGUUGUACAAGCUCCAUGGUCUCGGCGUCGAGUUCAAGUGCGAAAUCUGCGGGAACUAUGUCUACAUGGGACGGCGCGCGUUCGACAAGCACUUCAACGAGGCGCGUCAUAUUUACGGGUUGAAAUGUUUGGGAAUCACGAAUACCACGCUAUUCAGAGAAAUCACUGGCAUAGACGAUGCGAGAAAACUUUGGGAUAAGAUUCAGAGUGACAAGAAGAAGGCCAGGGCUGAUGAUGGUGGCAUAGUCCAAAUGGAGGAUGCGGAAGGUAAUGUUAUGCCAGAAAAAGUGUACUUGGAUUUGCAGAAGCAAGGGUUACUAUAA